ACCACGUUUUUCUUGACUGCUGGUCUCUGCGUCGCAAGUGACCCGCCCGCGCGUGUCUUCGACCGUCCAAUGAACACGCCAGAGGAGGAACCGAAUUACUGCUGAUGGAUUCUUAUACGCUCAGAUGUCUCCCUUGGCGCAACUAGAAAUCCAUUUUGGCAUCUAGCAGGCGCUAACCCAGUUUUAACAGCACAAACCUGUGCAUCUUGACUUGGAAUCAAGCCCUAGUGCCUUUAAUAGGGCUUAUUCCCAAGUAGAAAUAGGAUUGUGGCCUGACAGUGCAAUCCUGUACUGUACGUCCCAUUGAGUUCAAUGACAAUCCGAGCAAGGUGGCUUUGAGAUGAUGGAACAUGGGCGCCAGGGCCGCCAGCGGGCCUCGGACACAAUCCGCAAACAGAAACGCAAGGAGCUGGAUGCCCGGCGCAGCAAGUGCCGCAUCCGUAUUGGCACCCACCUGGAGCAAUGGUGCCAGCUUAAGGAGCAGCUGGGUUUUUCCUUGCACUCCCAGCUAGCCAAGUACCUCCUCGACAGGUACAGUUUGCAUGGCUCAGCGCUGAAAACAGGACAGGAUAGCGCCAACAUUGUACCCUUUCCCCUUCCUCCUGAUGCGCUGCAGCACCUCGUUGUCCUUUCUCACAACCACAGCCAAGAAUGUGGCUUCAUCCCUAACGUGAAGCCCUCCUUGCUGGAGCAGAAGACAGUAGUCCCAGCCAGCAGCAUGGUCUGGGAGUGCCUGGCUGGCCACACCUUCUCCUGGAGCCCCCCGCCCGCCCCACAGACCUGCACGCCACCCCCCCGCAAAGCGGCCUCCCGAGGCAGAGACGAGGCGGAGAAAGCCGUGAGUUCCAAGCCCAGCCCCCCACCCUCCCCGGUCAUCCGACGCCGGCGCUCCCUCCGCAGGGCAGCGGCAGCCCAUGCCUUUUCCUUAGCGCUCGCUUCCGACUCACCAUGUCCAGUGGACGAGGCAGAGCCAUCUCCCCGAGAGGAUGGGGAGGGCGGUGCGGACAGAGAGAGAACAGCAUGCAUGUCUCCUGGCAGCGGAACAGGCCUGGGCGAGGAGGCAGAAUUGCUGAGUGGCAACAACACUGACGAGACAGCAGUUCCCUCAGAAGAGAUUCCAGGUAGCACAGAAUUAAUCACAGGGCCAGAAAACACUUUGACUGCACCAGAGGGGACGCCUGAGUCACUGCCUGACCAACCAGAGGAUGGAGGAGAAGGAGGAGGAGAAGGAGAGGAUUUGGCAGAAGAAGACGACCUUGCAUACACAGAUGACCUGCGAGAUGAGAAUUACCAUCCUUCCCUAGACAGGGACUCCAGACUGCAAAGACAGCCAAACCUGACCAAGAGCUGCAAGAGCCCUACAGAAGAGGAGCAGCCCUCCAGUGAAACCUGCCCCACUGGCCACAGCCCCUCUGAGGACAAGGGUGGCGGCGGAGUGGGCUGCAAGAAGCGGGCGCAGCCUGGAGAUGAGGAUGUGGCCCAGAUCGGUCCAAAGAGAAUCAGGAAGGCAGCCAAGCGAGAGAUCCUCCUCUGUGACUACGACGGCUGUGGAAAGAUUUUCUCCAAUCGCCAAUACUUGAAUCACCACAAGAAAUAUCAGCACGUUCACCAAAAAACAUUUACGUGCUCUGAUCCCAGCUGCGGGAAGUCCUUCAACUUCAAGAAGCACCUGAAGGAGCACGAGAAACUGCACAGCGAUAAAAGGGACUACAUCUGUGAGUUCUGCGCCCGCUCCUUCCGAACCAGCAGCAAUCUGAUCAUCCACAGACGGAUCCACACAGGGGAAAAGCCCUUGCAGUGUGAGAUCUGUGGAUUCACCUGCCGCCAGAAGGCCUCCUUGAACUGGCACAUGAAGAAGCACGACGCCGACUCCUUCUAUCAGUUUUCCUGCGACCUCUGCGGCAAGAAGUUUGAGAAGAAAGACAACGUCACGGCGCACAAGAGCAAGAGCCACCCUGAGGCAGCCGCUGGGCCUCCCCAGCCUGUGCAGGAGGCUCCGGUUCUGGGUCACCCGGUUUCUGUGGAGCAGCUGGAAAACGCCGUGCAGAGCCAGCCUAGUGACUUAGAAAAGAGGGUGGAGGCAUCUCCCCUGGUCAUUGCAGUCAUUAUAGACUAGCGCACUCUGCAAAGCGAGGAGGCAAACGGCAGAGAGGAUUCUUGGCUAAUCCUGUUAGCAACAGAAACAGGCUCUAGGGCCUUAUUCCUGGUUGCAGUGAGGAUGCAUGGCUGAGACUCCCCAGAAGGGGACGCUGGAAGGCCUGGAACCCACGAAGCAGUGGCCCACCGACCACAUUCCUUUAACCCAGCUCCUUUUUGGCUCAGUCCCAGCAACACAAAGAGGGUCCUGAACUCGGCCUUGCCUGGGGAAAGGACAACGAAGAGUCGUCCAGUAGGAAUCCCUCGCCAGCCUUACCUUGGUGGUGGAUGAUUCCCAGGCUCCUGUUUAGCACGAGAGAAGCUAAGGCGGCCUGGACAGCUGCUAGGGGAGGCCUAGAUGUUCCUCCCUAACUCUUGCCCUGCGUUGAUGGCAGCUCUGGAUUUAGCUUGCUAUCGUUUGACGCUGAAAGAUGUGCAGCACCCUGUUGGCGCUUUCUAAAGCUUCCCCUUUGGGGACCUUCAAAGAUGCCUCCUUCCCACAUGGCCCACCACGCUUUCUCCUCCUCCCAUUCAUUGCUGGGAUCAGUUUGCCUCGUGUUUCAUCCUGGGCAUGAUUGCAAAAGCCGUUCUUGCUAACCAGAGAUCAUGCCGGCUGAGCUGAGGGAUUGAACCGGGGCCCUUGUCUAUGCAAAGCAUGUGCUCUGCUAUAGAGCUACGAUCAGGGCUCGGGGGUACUUUGCGCUAAGGGGAUCUGAAUUCUGUGCUGAGAAAAACUGGAUUUUGCAACCUGUAUAAAUUAUGCAAUUCGUGUUGUGUGUGUUUGUUUUCCGUAGUGACGUUUUGCUGGUCAUGGCUGACUAGUUAGGGAGAUGGGCAAGGAAAUGAGAUGGGCCCUUUAGUCCUACCUCUUGCUGCUAGAAAUCUUACACAUUGGCUUCUGAAAUCCACCAGGCAUUGCCCACAAAUUCUUAAGCCUAGAGUUAUUAACAAGUAUCGAGCCCUUAUUGCUGUGAAAAGGCUAGGGAAGGCUGGAGGUUUAUUUGGAGGGGG